ACGAUGUAGAAUGUGUGUACGCCCAUCAUGCGGCCGUACAUUUAGAAGAAACACAAUUUAUUAUUAACCAAAUGGACAUCAUGCCAGAUGAAAAAACGAAUGAUAAAAACUCAAACAUCGAAUUAAUAUCCAGGUAUUUUGAAGUGUCGGUAAUGGCAUUAGCCACUCUAGUAAAUAUAAAUUACCAACCUCCCGGAUGGAUGACAUUAGUAGUUUUGUACUUCGAAAAAUUUUCCGAUUUAUAUAAAAACACAGAAAUAUUUUUGGCUGAAACUGAGUUUAUAGAUAGACUAUUAAAACGU